UGCCAUUUUGUUGGGCUGUUCCUAUUUGAAAAUCGAGUGCAUAAUAACUCAUUGGGUACUUUUGUUAUCUUCAUCAAACAAACAAAAAAACAUUGUCUAAAAACUAAAUAAUUAAAGUAAUUCAACGUGUGGACCUGUAGGAGUAAAUAUUUUUUAAAUCUCUUUCAGAAAAAGUAAUAUAAAUAAAUUAUAUUAUUUGGGAAUUCCACUUCCGCUACUAUUACGUCACAUCCGCCGACAUAUUUCCGGAAGUAAACACGGCACUCAGAGGCUCCAGCCUUGGCUUUAAACUCCUCUUUAGGCUGUGUUGAGUGGGUCGGUCGGUCUCUCGGUGGGAUGCCUUUCACCUCCGCCUUCGGGACGCAGGUCGCAUCCAUCAUGGAUGUCCUGACCAAAACUGCGGUGGCAGAGAUCACCAAGCUGGCGGAGGAAGGGAGCGUGAUUUUACGAAUGGAGGUGCAGCGGAGGGACAGUGAGAUCCAGGAGCUGCGGAGGAGCCUGAAGGUGAUGGAAGCGGAGCUCCAUGAUGCCCAAGAAGCUGCAAGCCGCACUAGACAGGAGAAGCAGAGGCAAGAGGCUGCAGGGAGGCAGCUGCAGCUGGAGGAUAUUAAAGAGGAUCAUGAAGCAGAUGGACCGUUCCCCGUGUCCACACCUGCUGAUUCCCUCCAUGAGCCUCAGAGUGGAAUGUAUGAGAACCAAAACUUCAGUCCUGUCGUCAAACAAGAGGCAGACGGUGAACUUCCCAUCAACACAGCAACAGAUGGUGCACAGACAGACGCUCAUUUUCCUGCAGAGGAGCAAGAUGCUUCAGUCUGGUCUGCUACAAUAGAGGAAAGCUCUGUUGUAACUCAACCACACAUGCAGAUUUCCCCAUUACACGUUGAGCAAUUUUCUGCCUGCAGAGACUCGGAUAUUUCCUUUAGUUUUUUUGCAGAUGCUCCAAAAAAAAGGGCCGACUACCUUUGUGCGCCAUCAAAAGUAGAAGUAACGAUGCGUCCUGUUUGCACUAGCAGUAAUCUUUCUCCAUCUGCUCCUGGAAAACCGUUUAGAUGUGAGUCGCUCUCACCUGUCACGCAGAAUGGAGCUGCGUUUGCUUCGCUGCAGCCUCAGAGAGCCGCAGCAGGCGCGUCAGGUUUGAAUACAGACAACAAUCUCAGUAUUAGAAACAGCUUGCGGCCUAAAAGGCCCAAUACUGUGUGGAGAACCAGCCCAAAGCUCUUUAUGUGUUUAGUUUGCAACAAAAAUUUCCCUCGCUUGUCUCAGCUGGAAGAGCACAAGAGCACCCACCAGGCCGCCAAACCCUUUCGGUGCCUCCAAUGUGGGAAGUCUUUCACCCAGAAGACCCGGCUGAAGACGCACCAGAGCGUGCACACGGGGGAGAGGCCGUUUAGCUGCAAGAUCUGCGGCAAGAUGUUUUCGAGGCAGGACAACUGUCUGAGGCACGAGCGCUUCCACAGCGGCCUGAAGCCGCACAUUUGUCGGCAGUGCGGCAAAAGCUUCACCGUGCUGGCAAACCUCAAAAUACACCAAGAGAUUCAUCUGCAGGAAAGAUAGCGCCCACAAGCUCAUGCUGCAGAAAGAGAGUGGACAUUUAUCGCUUUUAUUUAUUUAUUUAAGAAAUGUCCUGUUUUACUGAAAUCUUUCGUUUGAUGAAGAUUGAGAGGUUGUUUACUUUAGUUUAUCAUCACUUCUGUUUUUAAUUGCCUCUUUAACGUCCCACUCCGAUCAUCUUUGAUCCAUUUUGAUUCCCAGUGGUCUUUUAAUUAUAAUUAUGCCCUUUUCAGCCCAAAAUGUUAAAACCUGUGUUGUUU